AGGGGGGUGGGGAGUGUUGCAAACUGAUCUGGUGGGGUUUUUUUUUGACACGCUCUCCUCAUCGCAGCGAGGAGAUAAGGAUACCACCCUCCUUCUACCAUAAAACACGGUGUCGGCAUCUUUGAAAAUACAUCGGCUGAACUGACACACUUGGGAAGCCAAACAAAGGAGAGCUCCAACAGAAAUAAACCAGCCGAGAUCUGUUUCAAAGUGGCUCUGAUGGCGGCUGAUCAGAUUAGCUAGCAGAGUAACAGACGGUUAUCUGGGAAAAAGUGUCACUACACAAGUAGCUGUGGACUCACAGCGUUCCUCGCAUCAGUCACGUUCUGGACCGGUGCAUAAUUCGUGUGCUGGGAAUCCCGCCGAACCAUGGAUACUUACAGGAUAUCCGUCGCCUUGAUUUUACUUCUUUCAACGCUGAACGGCUUUUAUUCAUCGCAGUUUCCGACGCAACAACUAGUCAGCGAGUGGGCGAAGCAGAUGCAGCAGGAGCUGGUGAGCCUUGUGGAAACAGCCAGCGGAGUGAAUAGCAUGGCCCAGAUCUUCCUGGACAACAGGAAGUACUUCAGCGUGGAGCCGAACAAUGCGGGCCAGCUGGUGCGGAGCGCGUCCAGCAACAUCGAGAACCUCCUGCUGAACAGAUCAAUGGCCCUGAAGAAUCUGGCGACAGCAGCAGAGACCUUCCAGAUGGAACACCAGUGGAAGAAUGACUUUGGGGAAGACGGCAUCGCUUAUUACAACGCCAAGGAUCCGCUGGACGCAAACGAAACGGAAGCCAUCAACAACAGGAUCCGGCCAGAGUUCAAUGAGGACCCCGCCUUCAGGCGUCCCGUAUCCUACAACCACACGGCGGUCCACAUCCCCACGGACAUCUAUGAGGGCUCAACCAUCAUUCUGAAUGAGCUGAGUUGGACCAAGGCCCUGGAGGACGUCUUUAAGAAGAACAGGGAGGAAGACCCAACACUUCUGUGGCAGGUGUUUGGUAGUGCCACUGGGCUGGCCCGGUACUAUCCAGCCUCCCCGUGGGUGGACACGAGCAAGACGCCCAGCAAGAUCGAUCUGUACGACGUCCGGCGGCGGCCAUGGUACAUCCAGGGGGCUGCUUCACCAAAGGACAUGCUGAUUCUUGUGGACGCGAGUGGCAGUGUCUCCGGCCUGACCCUCAAACUGAUCAGGACCUCCGUCAACGAGAUGCUCGAGACCCUGUCUGACGACGACUAUGUGAAUGUAGUUUCUUUCAAUGUAAACGUGAACAAAGCGGCCUGCUUCAAGCACCUUGUGCAGGCCAACGUCCGCAACAAGAAGAUCCUGAAGGAUGGCGUCCAGAACAUCUCGGCCAAGGGAAUCACCAACUACAAAAAGGGCUUUGAGUUUGCCUUCGAGCAGCUUAUGUAUGACAAUGUGACCCGUGCCAAUUGCAACAAGAUUAUCAUGCUGUUUACCGAUGGAGGGGAGGAGAGGGCCCAGGAGAUUUUUGAGAAGUACAACCCCCACAAGACGGUCCGCAUCUUCACUUUCUCCGUCGGUCAGCACAACUAUGACAAGGGACCAAUACAGUGGAUGGCCUGCACCAACAAAGGUUACUAUUACGAGAUUCCAUCCAUUGGAGCCAUUAGGAUCAACACACAGGAGUACCUGGAUGUUCUUGGAAGACCUAUGGUGCUGGCAGACAAAAAGGCAAAGCAGGUCCAGUGGACAAAUGUCUACCUGGACGCCCUGGAGCUUGGCCUUGUUAUUACGGGGACACUGCCAGUUUUCAACAAGACCGUCUCAAUAGAUGAGAAAGAUGGAAAACCAAAAAAGAACCAGUUGAUACUGGGAGUAAUGGCCGUUGACGUGUCCCUGGACGACAUUAAGAGGCUAACGCCACGGUUCACAUUUGGCCCCAAUGGAUACUAUUUCGCCAUCGAUCCCAAUGGCUAUGUGCUCCUCCACCCCAACCUUCAACCAAAGAAUCCUAAAUUCCAGGAGCCAGUCACGCUGGACUUCCUGGACGCCGAGCUGGAGAAUGAAAUUAAAGUGGAGAUCAGGAAAAACAUGAUUGACGGACACACAGGGCAGCAGAGAAUAAGCACACUGGUGAAAUCUCUGGACGAGAGGUACAUCGACAAAGGAUUCAGGACCUACACAUGGGGCCCUGUCAAUGGCACAGACUACAGCUUGGCGCUGGUGUUGCCCGAUUACAGUUUACACUAUAUCCAUGCACGGAUCGGAGAUACCAUCACGCAGGCAAAAUCAACAAUGGGGGAAAAGGUUUCUGAGACCAUGCAGCAGAAGAACUUUGAGGAGUAUGGAUACACGCUCAUAGCGCCAAGGGAAUACUGCAAGGACCUGAAGGUAUCGGACAACAACAAUACCCAGUUCCUGAUGGACUUCAACGAGUACAUAGACAGGAAGACACCCAACAACCCCACGUGCAAUGUCACUCUAGUCAACAGACUGCUGCUAGAUGCUGGACUGACCGCAGAGCUGGUCAAGAUUUGGAAGGAGCAGAAUCCAAGCGGGGUUCAGACCAGGUUCGUGGCCACCGACGGGGGAGUCACGCGGAUUUACCCGAGAAGCGCCGGGGAGGAGUGGACGGAGAGGGCGGAGACGUAUGAAUCAAGCUUCUACAAGAGGAGUCUGGACAACGACCUCUACAUCUUCACCGCGCCGCUGUCUAACAGGAGCAACAGCGACGAGUCGGGCAUCCUGGUCAGCAGAGCAGUCGAUCUUAACAUCGAUGGGGUGAAGCUGAAGCCGGCCGUUGUCGGGGUGAAACUCAACAUCUCUGCCUGGAGGACGAGCUUCACGAAUACCGCAGUGAAGCCCAACUGCAAGGAUGAGAUCUGCGGCUGCGUCUGGAAUGAUCAGAACAUCGAGUGCGUCAUCCUCGACGACGGAGGCUUCCUGCUGAUGUCCAAUCAGGACGACCACAUGGAACAGAUUGGACAGUUCUACGGCAUGAUCGACCCCUCCCUGAUGAUCCAGCUGCUGAACAUGUCGCUGUACUCCUUCAACAAGACAUACGACUACCAGUCGGUGUGCGACCCGGAGCGGGAGACCAAGGCCGCGGCCGGGCCGCGUUCCGUCUACAUUCCCACGAUAGCAGACAUACUGAACAUCGGCUGGUGGGCGUCAGCCGCAGCCUGGUCUUUACUGCAGCAGCUGUUUCUCAGCCUUACUUAUCCUCAUCUAAUGGAAGCAGCUGACAUGGAGGAUGAUCUCACAGAAGCCCUUUCCAAAGAGAGCUGCAUCACAGAGCAGACCCAGUACUUCUUCGAAAGCAGCGAGACGUCCUUCCGCGGAAACCUGGACUGCCUGAACUGCUCCAGGAUGUUCAACGCGGAGAAGAUCAUGGGCACGAACCUGGUAUUCCUCAUCGCCGACAAGAAGGACACCUGCCCGUGUGACGCCAAGCCGCUGGUCCAAGCGGAGCAGCCGUCUGCAGGCCCUAACCCCUGCUUACUGGCAGAGAAUCCCAGGUACAGGAAAGGACCAGACGUCUGUUUCGACAAUGACCCAGAUGAGGAUUCUUCUGACUGCGGUGGGGCGUCCGGUCUGAGUCCGUCGCUCUGGUCCAUGGUGGGCAUCCAGCUGGUUCUGCUCUGGGUCCUGGCCGGAUCGAGGCACUACCCGUCAUGACCUGAGAGCCCACAGAAUGUCCACCGCUGUCCAUGCAUACAUUUUAGAAUCCUGCCAGAUUUUA